UCUGUAGUCUGAACCAGACGACGAAUUCAUUGUCGUAAUUUUCCAUUUUCUAAAGUGAAAAAUUUUAAAUAGAGAAAAAGUCUUCAAAAUGGUUAAAAAAUAAUAUUUAACAGUGUAAAAAGAAUAAAGAAAUAAACAAUCUUUAAUAUGUGCAUGAAAUUGCAAUGGAUUUCCGUGCAAUAAAGUGUAUAAACUGCAAGUGAAAAUUCUUUUGUGUGGCCUCGUCUUGUAUCAAUCACAAAGGUGGAUAUAUCUACUGCCAUUGUAUUGUUGUUGUCAUAAUUAUACAUUUUGUAUGUGGAAGAGAAGUUGGAAGGUGGCAUAGGUAGAUUGUUUGUCACUAGACAUGAGUCGUUAUGAUUGACAAUAGCUAAUCAAAUCGAGUAAUAUACGCAGGGAUACAACAGUAGUACAUCCUUGCUUAGAUUUUUAUACCUGAAAAAAACUUGAACAAGCACACAUAACAAACAUUCACUCUUUGAAAAUGGGGGAGAACGUUCAAUGUCCGGUAUGCACUUUAUACCUGCACGCAGGUAUGAAUCUCUCUGAUCACUUGGAGACGCAUCCGAAGGAGCAGGUGAUAAGAGCAUUAGUACAAAUGACCAUCUCCGGUGGCAGUGGAGGGGGUACAGCUGCAUUGGCAUCAGUGUUGAAGGGUACAUGUAGCAACAGCGCCGAAAAUAAUAAAUCUCCCAGUGAACAGGAGGAGAAAUCUAUCUCGUCAAAUGAUAAAAUUAUUGAAUCAAAUAUAGCUAGCACCAGUAACAGCUGUAACGCAAGCAUAAGUAGUUCAGCAAGUAAUUGCUCGCUUUCAAACCAAAGCAAUACAACAAGCCAAAAUUCAAACAACGUUUUAAAUUUUUCGAAUACCAGCAUUGCUGACAAUAGUAGGAGUGAGUCGCAAACACCUUGUAAAUCGGCGUUGAAGUUAGAAGAAGCACCUGUCGCGAGUAAAGAUCAAAGUAUUAAGGAGGCCACAAGUGAAGUAUACGUUCAUUCACAUCGGCCCUACACUAGCUCGUCAAAUGAUGUACCAGCUAAUACAGAUCCUAAUUUCGGUAUAUUUGGUAAUCCACGUUUUCAAAACCAACAUCGUACUGUGGGAAGCCAGCAGCACCAACAAAUGCCGCCCCCUCCAGCGCCCCAGGGACAACACGGAGAGAUUCCACGCACAAUUUUACCACCGCCUCCACCGAUGCCUCAGAGUAUGUCAUCUCAGUCAAUACAAACCGUAUUUCAAUCAAUACAGGCCCAGCAGUUGUCAAAUAGCCAACAACAACAUCACAGUUCGCAUGCUCGACAGCCCCAUAUUUACACCUCUCAACAUCAUCAGCACCCACCUCAACACCAGCAGGAUAUGAAAGUCAUUUAUGCCUCAGGUUUACCACCGCCACCACCACUCCAGCUUUUCAGUAGUUACCAGCAACCAUCUCAAUUGCAACACCAUCACCAAAAACCGCCACCAGCAUAUGGAACAGCCAUUAGUCAAAUCAGAUCUCAGAACAAACACCAACUAAACGGCCAGUUUGCUGGACAGCAUCAUCACACAUCCAUUACUUCAAACGCAGAUGCAAUACUGCAUCAACAACAUCAUUUGCAUCAGCAGCAGGCAACACAUCCCCAUCAUAUUAGAAUGCAUGGCAACGUGGCGCAUCAACUACAUCCUAUAGCCACAAAACAUUUGUUUUCUAAAACAAAUGACAUUCCCCAAACAACAUCUUCAACUCUCUCAUCUCAAACUACAUCGAGACAAAGUAGCAAUGUUCACCAGCAACAUCAACAUGGAAAAUAUAUUUUACCUUCGCUUCAACAACAACCAAUUAGUGUAGAAAAUUCAGCUCUAUAUAACAAUUGUCCAACUGCAAACGACAGUCAAGAAAAAACGAUAAAAGCAUCAACGGCGAAUGGAAGUGGUUCGGCUGCACAUAUUUCGCAUUCAGCACAACCAAAUGUAGGAAUCAAUCCGGCCGUAGCUUCAGCUUCAAUGGCUGUUGUUACAGCUUCGACAUUGAAUCGUCCCACUAAUUCGCCAUUUGCAGCAUUAUUAGCGGCAGCAUCGCCUUCCGCAGCAUCAUCUGUAUUAAGAUAUGCUGAAUCUCCGGUAGCACAUUACUUGGAAAGGGAUAACGGCGACUUUAUUGUACAGGAAACACCUAAACAUAUUGUAGAAUGUGUUGAAAAAGAUAACGGAGAGUUUUCUGUAAUUGAACGCAUCUACCAAUCCCCACCUAGCGUUUUACAUAUUCAUGACGAUGCAGAUGAUGACGAAGAAGACGAUGAUAAAACUGGAAGUUCGGCAAAUGGAAAUAACACCCCUACCUGUACUAAUGAGGUUAUUGUUAAGGAUUCAAAAGAAGAAGCCAAGGAUGCUAAUAUUAAGCAUCCGAAAAAGAAAAUCUCAUCCCAAUCGACCAAGAAUGACAACAAUUCCCAAACGGCAAAUACAAAUAAAAUGUCAAUUGACUCUAAGGCUCAGAGUAGAAAAUUAAAGCAGUUCGAAAGUUCAACGUCAUCAGAUAAUGAGGUUGAAGAUUUCGUUAGUAUUUCGAGCGAUAGUGACGAGGAGGAGUUUAUUUCACACGAAAGAAAUGGUCAGACGAACAAAAAUACCACCGAAAAGAUAAAGAAAAAUCAAUCAGAUCAAACUCUGCCUCCAACACCAUCAACAUCAGCAUCUGCACCAAGGUUACAACAUCCAUCUCCCACGAACUUAGAGACACAUUCGGCUACCGCUGUGUCCACGUCAAAUGCAUCAAAUAGUACAUCAACAGUUCACCAAAACAGCAACACGACUCGCAAAAAAUCGUCGAAAAAUACAAUUACCGUUUUAAGUGAUGUACAACUGAACUUGAAUGAAUAUUUAGAUUUGGUUGGAAAUAUAAUAGCCUCCAGCAAAGUUGCCGCACAGCGCAGAACUUUAACGGCAAUUGCGCCUAUACCGUUGGUGAAAAUUGAAAAGGAAGAGCCAAUGGACGAUUACGCAACGACGCCGGCUGAUACUGCAGAACAACACACACUACCACCUACACCAUUAAAGGCCAACAAACAAGAGACUGAAGAAUUAACUGAUAAUCCUAGCUGUAGUAGUACUAAUAAUAAAAGCAGUAAAAUAAGCUUAACAGAUCAAACAGUACUGGAAAAGGACGAGAAAAAACCUCAGAUUUUAGAGAAUAAUUCAGAUAGUAGUAAAAUAAUAUCGUCAUUAAUACCAAACUCCAGUCAAGUCACCAGUGUUAUACGUAUGGCAACCACUAGUCUACAACAAUCACAACAACAACAACAACAAAAUGCACAGCAAUCCAUAGUUAGAUCAAAUGAAAACACUUCAGAUAGCAAUGAGAGUAAAACUGAGGCGGAAGAUCUAUCCCAACAUCAGCGGAAUUUGCCUAUUACUGGACAGAACAAAACCACCUCAUUAGGGUUACCAACAUUGGGACGCAAAGGCCCUAAGAAACUCGUUAUUAAGCCAAAAUCUUCCAAGACUUCAUCUAACGAUUUUCACUUUGAUGACCAACAACCAUCGACAUCUGCCAAAGCUUUAGAAGAAUACAAUAAAUUAUCGCUGCGAACUCAAGAAAAAUCUGUCAACGAGCCAGAAGUUCAGGUUAAAAAUGAACCCCUAACUUCCAUAGCAUUUGAAAGUAAUCAGUAUACUCAACCAACUGGUUACAGCAGUAUUUUGGAACAGCAGCUGACUUCGAAAGAGCCUAUUAUGCUGUGCAAGGAGGAAAAGCCGUGUAUCCAGGAAACAAAUGUUCCUACCGAUGUAAAAGAUAUGAAAGUUGAAAAUAAUGUGAAUGAGGAUGCACGGGUCUUAUAUGAUUUUGCAACUUCAAAAAAAGGACAAGCUAGUUCGAAACCGUCAACAUUUCCGUCACCAUCAUCUUUAUUUUCCAAAAAUCAGACAGUAAAUCAAAAGGAUAAGGAGAAUGUUUCGGAAUCCAAGGUUUGUAAUUUACAUUCGACAAAUGAGGCACAGUUGGUACACUCAUCACAUCUGGAAGCAACAAGUAAAAACGGAGAGGUGCAGAAUAAAGCUUCGACAGCUUCUUCAAGCGAUAAUAACGAUUGCUCUGAAAUAUUUCCUGAUUUUCCGUUUAACUAUCUCAAUAACAAUAACAAUAGCCAUAUCAGCACUAACGACCAAACAGUGGAUGUUAAGAAUUCGACACGGCAAAUGGGUACACUUUACUGCAAUUCCGCUACUAGUAACAAUACAGGAAGUUCAUCUAUGAUAUUAGAUGAUUCAAUGUCUAGCAAAAAUUAUUCAGAUUACAACCAAAACCAGCAGCAGCCAAUGGAAACAAACCUGGAAAAUCAAUGGUUCAAUAACUACCAGGCGACAACAGAAGCAGGUGUUGUUCCUUCAUCAAAUCAAUCAAAUUCGAAUGUACAUUUACAUAUGUCUGCUGCUGAAUGCAAUUCUGCAACAGACGCAAACGAAGUUGGUAAAUAUUUGGAUUUGGACGAAUGUAAGAGGGAAAGAAAUGUCGAGUCUGUGGCAGAGCCUACUGAUGGAUGUGGGAAGACCGUUGAACCGCCUCCUCCGCCCCCAUCUUCAUCGACAUCCUGUUCAUUUACUGAAAAUAGCAUGGCGGGCAUUUGCUCAACUGCCGGCACUUUAAAUAUACGUACUGAUGAAAAAAUGCCUGCUAAAGGCGAGAUUUCUGAACAGGAAAGCAAUUGUGACAUAGAUAAUUCCUGGAGUCAACCGAUUUACGGAGACAUUUCCGCCCGAUUCUUUAAAACCACUUUUCCCGGGAUAUUUCAACAGGAUAAUGGCUGGAACCACGAAGAAUAUUUUGCUGUUCAGGAUUUAAGUGCUUCAACGACGUCUCAAACAGAUAGGACGAAAAGUUUCGAUUUUCGCCUUCCACCGGAUGAUGGUACAGUCGUAGCAGACAACAGUGCGAGCAGCGGAUUGACAAUGUUCUCUCAAAAUUCCAAUGAUAAUUGCAAUAUUGAUGUAAUGCCCUCUACGUCGGCCAAAGUUAGAAAACGGCGAAAACGAAGCUCUCAAGAUGGCAAAGCGUCUGCAUCUGGUAUAAGGCGAGUGCAACCGACGUCAACUAUUACUUCGCAGCAGCUAAUGGAAGGACAGGGGGAAAUGCAGGCCAUUGACUAUAAUUUCCAACAGGAACAUUUACCCAGUACAUCGUCAGCGCUCUUGGCUGGUCCACCGAACGCCGAAGCAAUCGAAAUAACCCCUUCUUCAUCUAGUGGAUCACAACAACAGAGAAUACGUACUAAAAUUUAUGAGUGUAGCCACUGCAAUGCCAAAUAUUCGAAACUCAAAGAUCGUAAUGCUCAUUUAGUGGAUUCCCACAAUUAUGUUCGUCAAAAUAGACGUCUUGUGUGUCUCACAAAUGGAAUGGCUGUGUCUAUGUCAGAUCAUGCUGCCACCGCUACGACUAGUAGAGGGGCCAAUGUAUUAUUGGCAUCCUCAGAUUUAAAUGCAGAUGGGGAUUUCAAGCAGGGCAUCGUUAAGAUAGAAAAUGAAAAUGCCCACCGUGAUGUGUCUGGUUUUGAACAUAUCAGUGCCGAUUUGAACGCAAAAACCGAAUUUGUUGAGGACGACAAAAACAAUUUGUCUCUGGUACCAUUAACAGCUUCUUCUUCAGCCUCCGAUCAGUUGGGCGUAGAUACAAAACAAGCUUCAAAUUUUAAACCCUUGUCCGUUACCACAGCCUCGAACAAAUUGACGACACUCUAUCGGAUGUUGGUUACAUACAACAUGACCACGCUAAAGCAAAGUCAAAGAUUAUCUGAGUUUGAUGAAACUCUGAUUAAAUCCUCCAUAUUCUUUUGUUAUGUUUGUCGUGAAAAUUUUAAUUCUGUGAAGUUGUACGAUGCUCAUUUAACUGAACAUCCAGCUGAGUGCUUUACGUGUGGGAAAAAAUUCCAAAGGUGGAAGAACUUCUCAUUGCAUUUAAAACGUCAUCUUGGAUGGAAAGAAUUUGGUUGCACGGUUUGUGAUAAAAAGUUUGUGGUGCGCAGCGCCUUAGUCGAACAUAUGCGAAUGCACUCCGGUCUAUCGCCAUUAAAAUGCAAAAUAUGUGGUAAGCACUUCAAACGCUACUCUAAUCUUACCCAGCAUCGUAAACGUCACACUAAACAAGUAGUGCGUCGAAAGGAAUACGUGUGCUAUUGCGGCGAAGUAUUGCCCUCAAAAGCACGAUUUUUGUGGCACAAGGAAACACAUGACUCUAAACCUAAAUGUUGUCCUCAUUGCUGUGACCGUUUCGUACAUGUGAAUUCGCUCCGGCGUCAUAUACGUCUCGCUCAUUCGGAUAAAUUCGAUUAUACUGAACCUAUGGAGUGUCCUAUCUGUAAACAAAUUUUCGCCAAGGCAUCUAUGAAGGCUCAUAUGGCUACCCACUCCACUGAGACCCAAUAUGACUGUGCGAUUUGUAAUAAAUCAUUUUCAACCAAAUGGAACCUAAAGAUUCAUUCUUGGGUACAUGCCAAUCGUACCGCCAAACCGUUUAAAUGUGAACACUGCCCCAAAGCGUUUGUACGCGAGGUUGACUUCAAGAACCAUAUGAACUCACAUAAACAAAUCAAGCCAUACACGUGCGAAGUUUGCGGGUGCAAGUUUAUCCGCAAAUACAAUUAUAUGCGUCACAGACGAGAACAUCAUGGCAAUAAAAAAUACACCUGUGAUCUGUGCAAGAAAUCUUUUCAUCGUCACUACUACCUGAUAGAGCACAGGCGAAUUCAUACUGGAGAAAGGCCGUUCCAAUGUACGAUUUGUGGCAAAAGUUCGACAACAAAAACCAAUCACAAUAAACAUCUUAAAAUACAUCAUUCACGGGAUCCGUUUACGGUAGAAGUCUAAACCACCGUUAUUGUGUGUCGGCCACGUGUGUGUGCGUUCUUUUUUUAAUUUUUCCCUUUUAGAAAUCGGAGCUAAGAAAAAUUAUAUUUAGGGCUAACGUACGAUGAUAUAACAUUUUCAAAUGGAAUAGUGAUGAUGUUCAUCGUGCAAAUGUGUAUGUUAGUUGAGUUCUUGUAUAUUACUAGUAGCACAUUACACAUCUUAAAGUAUUAAUUAUAUAUUAGCAAAAUCCAUCAUAAAUACAAUUCAUUUCUUUUUUUACAUAGUCUGUUGCAAACAUUGUGGAGGUCUAAAAAUUAAAUUAAAUUACACAUUGGUUGAAGCAAAAUCUAUGUGCUGGUAACAUCUGCUAAGGCGAUUGAUCGGUCAAUUAAAAUAGAGAAUAACUACAAUAUCUACACCGAACCGAGAUCAAAUAUUUUCUUCAACUUAUAUUUUUUGUAAUUACUUAUUUUAUAUGUCUUUGGCAUUCAUACAACUUGUAUAAUGCGACAUUCCAUCAUAUUUGAAGCUUUGGAUCAUAAUGAAAUGUAUUUAAAACUGUACAAGUCCCACUUUAAACAAAUUAUUUGCUGCCGUAAUAUUUGGCAAAAACAUUUCUAUAUUUUACCUCUUUUUUCCAAUGAAGACAGCAUUAAUAGUGAAAGAAUGGGGCAGGGGUUUUUGUGGUUCGAUGGACACAGAAUUUGCUAAAAAACACUAUUUGUCCCAAUGCGAGUGCAAUAUUUGUAAUUUAAUAAAUAUAAGUUUACGAAGCGAGUUUUGAUUUAACUUUACCAUGAUGGUCCUAGAAAAUUUCUUUUUAGUUAAAUUCAUUUUAUCAUGAAAAAAAAAAAACGAAACAAAAAAUUAUAUUAUAUUUUUUUUAGUUUUAAACCCAAAAAUACAACUAGAAGUACAUUAUUUUAUAAUUAGCAGUAAAUUGUUAUUGCGUUGAUUGCAAUUCAAUACUUCAUAAUUUUUCUUGUAUUCAUUUUUAGUUUUUUGGUUGUACAUUUACGAAAAAUUCGUUAUACGUAUUUUUAAACAUUAAAAUUAACAAAACGAACAUUUAAUUAGUUUAGAUUAAUUGAUGAGUUGGCAUAGGAAACCAUUAUGACAUAAAACAGUUUAAAAGAAUACCAUACAUUAUAAACCUUACAACUAACAAACCGAUAAAUGAGAAUAUUAACUAGAAUUUAUGAACAGUGGACAACAUGUAAAAUUAAUAGCAUUCAAUUAAAUUACGAUUUCUAUUAUUAAAUCACCAAUUUAUCAAGACCUAUUGAAAAAAUGAAACAUCAUAAAUUUAAAUGAAAUAUAAUUACAAUCAAUUCACUCUAAUUAAUAAAUAUAACAAACUUUCAAAUUUAAACGUAUAA